AUGGACAAACUAAAAGAUCAAACGACUCUAAUCGCCAUUUCAUUUCUAUUACUUCUUGGUGCAAUCUAUCUAUUCGUCUACUCACCUUCUACUUCCAAUCCCUUGUUCUCAUUCCAAUAUCAAAACCAUUGCCAAUCCUCGAACACAAUAAGCACACCGAUCACUGGUGCUGAUACGCUGGAAGUAGCGCUAGCCGAGGCAUCGAUGUCAAAUAACAAGACUGUUAUAAUUGCAAUUGUGAACAAAGCCUAUGUCGAGGGCGAUCGAUCGAUGUUGGAUCUGUUUUUGGAUGGUUUUUGGGUUGGUGAAGAUACGAGGGGAUUGGUUGAUCACUUGCUAUUAGUGGCUGUUGAUCAGACGGCGUUCGAGAGAUGUGAGUUUCUUCGGCUUCACUGCUAUAAGCUUGAGACGGACGGUGUGGAUUUUGACGGGGAGAAGGUGUACAUGUCGGAUGAUUUCAUUAAGAUGAUGUGGAGGAGAACUCUGUUUCUUGGAGAAGUACUCAAGCGUGGUUACAACUUCAUAUUUACGGACACUGAUGUGAUGUGGCUAAGGAACCCAUUUCCAAGGCUGAUCCAAAACGACAGUACAGUAGAUCUCCAAAUCAGUACGGACGCCUUCAACGGCGAUCAAUGGUCCGAGACCAACCCAAUCAACACCGGCUUCUACAUGAUCAUCUCCAACAACAAGACCAUAACCUUAUUCGACUCCUGGUACGCAAAGAAAGACGACUCUGCUGGGCUCAAAGAGCAAGAUGUUCUCAACAAUAUGAUCCAUGGAGGGGUGUUCCAAUACUUGGGCCUUAGAGUCAGAUUCCUGGACACUCUCUACUUCAGUGGGUUUUGUCAAGACAGCAGAGAAGUUAGAGCUGUUACAACCGUCCAUGCCAACUGCUGUAGGACUAUUAAUGCCAAGGUGGCUGAUCUGACGGCUGUUAUUCAUGAUUGGAAUAGGUUCAGGGCCUCUUCCUCGUCCACUGCCAAUGAAACGUCGACGUUUUCUUGGUCAAAGCAUGUGGCUUGCGCUGGUUCUUGGAAUUAGAUUCUGAUUAGAGGUCUAGGCAUGUAAACAGUAUGAAUUGUAGCAUAGUA